GAAUUCUUCGUUAUAAAACCAACUCGGAUUUCCAUAGAAAUCUGCCAUAAAAGCAGGCAGAAAAUACAUGUUGUGAUAGGCAGAGAAAUGAAACCAUAUGAUUAUACUUCUUAAUGCAAACUCUACUGUUUCUUCACCCCCUCCAUCAGUAGACAUAACAUGUAUGACAACAUGAUAACAAGAUUAUAGAUAUACAAACCCAUGCUAAUGUUCAGCUAUAGUUCCGAGAAUAUUUUGGACAACAAAUAUGCGUUUAGCCUUAGCUAAUGUUUAAGUUUUGCUUCCAGAGUUACUCAGGCAGACUCCACAAAUGUCACUAGGCUGCCCCUCCAGCCACUGCUCUGGGGUGUUACCAUUGCCUAGAAGCUCUCGGGUACAUAAAUGGCAUAGAUAAUUAUAGGGUAAAUGCAAGGGAGUUUUAGUGGGGAAAGUAGCAGGAAUGUAACAGAAUGUCAAUAAGAUUAAGAUGGUUAGUUGUACCUUGAUAGUGGAUAUGAGAUGAUAUGUAAUGGUUCAAGUAAUUUUCAGCAAGAGGUGAAGCAACAUAAGUACAUUACUAUAAGGCCUGGUAAAAUAAGGUUAUGAGGACAGGGUGGACCAUGGGGACAGGCAGUUCAAACUGAAAAGAGAUUAUGGGGCCAGUUAGGAAAACUAGACCAUGAGAGAAGAAAGUGUAAAAAGAUAACAUGAGGACCUUGAUGUUAUGUGAGGAAAAAAACAUAAUGGCAAUGAGGGUAAGAAGAGAUCUGGAGACACAAAGCCUAGACCCUGCAGUGCAGGUUUAUACAUUUCAAGAAUGGAAUGUGACUGGGAAGGAUCUUCUUUGCCUGUCCUCCCAACAGUUAGAUGCUUUGGGAGUGCGAUGCAUUGGUCACCAGGAGAUCAUUCUUGAGGCCAUUGAACAGCUUUGUGCUCUGCACUAUGAGCUUCAUGCUGAAAAUCUACGAUCCCUUACUGAGAAGCUUUAUGGGGUCUCGCAAUCAUUGUGGUCACACAUACUGAGCAUGAGGAAGGUGGCUUCACAUUCUCUCUCAGCUGCUCCAACACCCAAGCAGCUGGUUUGCAUUAUAGACAUUGUGGCAGCUGCGCGAGGGCUUUUCUCCUGGCUCAACAGGUACCUAUUUGCAAGGCUCAAUGAUUACUCUGCUAGUCGGGAUGUCAUAGUUCUUUGCCUGGAGCUGGCAGAAAGUGUGCACAAGGACUGGUCAGACCCUCAUGUUGAGAGCAGAGUUGUCUCAAUAUGCCAAAACAUCUGUGGGACAUGUGAGAGCAUUCUGAACUGCAGUCCAGAGGAUCUCCUGAAUCAGACUGCAACACUAGAACCUGUACUGAUAAAGCCUGAGCUCCCCCACUACAAUUUGGGUAUAGAAAUAAAGUCUACAUCAUUGGGGCAGCACUUUGUCUGCGGAACAACAGCAGAGGCUCCAGCUGGAAGAAGUGGCAAGAUCUUCCCAGGAGAUGAGAUAAUAAAAGUAAAUGAUCAGGUUGUGGUUGGUUGGACACGCAAGAACCUUGUCUACAAACUUCAAGAGAAAACAGACUGUGUAACACUUGUCCUCAAGAAAGUUUCCAUUCCCUCUACUUCUGUAUCUCCUACUUCUCCCACAUACUUUAUUCAGCACUCCAGCAAAACCACAUUAACUGCACACAGUGAGCCAUCAUUACCAAAGGCUGAAAUUACACCUGUAGCAGCAGCCAGGCAAUCCCCCAGUCAUCUGAUACUGGCUUUGCGCAAAAGUACUGAGACGCGCACCACACGUAGUGCACCAGUCACCCCAACAAAGGACACUCCUUCAGUAUUAAACUUGAACAGUGUUAGCACAUCACCAGUAUUUUCAGAUAAAUUCUCCUUUACUAAUAAACACAACACUGAUAUUAGUCAAAAUCAGGAUAGUUCUCAACAGAACUCGGACACCAUUUUAUCUGCAAACUGUCCUUGGUCUCCAACAUUCUGGGAAUCUACUUCAGUCUUCCCCUUGUCACCCUUAUCUCCAGAAAAUUUUGAUCAAAAAACCAAGGAGACAAAGGCUUUACCCAUUACAGAGGCUGACACAUUACAGAACACCCAGUGCAUGUCCCGUCCAAGGAGUGGCUCAGAUUCAUUCACUACGCCUACUGCUAGCCCUUUCUCUGCCACUUUGUUUGCUGGACUCCUACGUCCAGCACUAUCAGACAGUAACUUAAAAGCUUCCACAGACCCUGCUGUUUUACCCCAGCCUAAUGUUCCUAAAGAAGUUACUGCAAAGAGUCCAUCUAUAAAAGACGAUAACCUGGUCUCCAAAAGUCCCCAAACUGCAAAAUCACCACAGGUUACAGUAACCAAGACUAACAGUAAGCAGACACAGCAUGGCAAAGAGAAAUCACCUGGUGCUCGUCGAAAAAAGAAAGGUGUGGCAACCAAGCUAAGUCGUAGACGAGUCUCCUGUCGGGACCUUGGGAACCCUGAUUGUGAUGGCUGGUUGACAAAGAAGAAAGAAAAUGCUGGUUUCAUGACCCAGAAAUGGAAACGUUGCUGGUGUGUUCUGAAGGGAGAUCGUCUGUACUGGUAUAACGUGCCUCAGGAUGAAAAGGCACUGGGAUUGGUUAAUAUUUCCUCUUACAAACUAGAGAGUGCAAGGGAGCCUAAAAAGAAAUAUGAGUUUCAGCUUUGCCAUCCAACAUACAAGCCAUUUGUGUUUGCUGCAGACAGCCUGUCUGAUUUGAGCAAGUGGGUGACCAGUCUUCUAGCUGCACUAAACAUACAUAAAACAGCAUCUUCUGCUACUCAAGCACACGAAGAAGACUGUUACAGUGAAACUGAGGCUGAAGAUCUGGAUGAAGAUCACUCAAAAACACAGGAGGUGGUAAAGACUCCACUGACACAUGUACAGAGCCAGAAUAUCUCAAGUUCACCAACAACCAGUGAAGAAAGCAACACUUCUGAAAGUGGGCAAAUUCUGAAAGAAAGUGAUGUUCAACCUGCAAAUGACACUCUGGAGUCCCUGAUCUCUUGUCUGCAGCAAGGUGGAGUCUCACUUAUUGGAGCAAAGACUGUGCUUACAAGGGAUGACUACCGGAAAUCAUUUGUUCGGAGAAACAAAAAUCCAGAGAUUAACCAAAAAGCACAUGCACUACGUGCUCUGCAAAGCACCUUAAAAGCAAAGCUCUUAGAACUUGAGGCUCUGAAUCAGAUCUUGGAGAAUCCAAGCCUUAGUUCUGCCAUAUUUCAGAAGUGGAAGUCAGAUCAUGGACAGUUAUAUGAGACUUUAGGUAGAGGUCCUAAGCCAAGAAGUACAGUGGUUGAUACAUGGGCGCAUACCGAUUCAAGUGGGGAGGAAAAAGAGCAGGCAGAAGAAAUGGUGUAAAUAAAAAAAUAUUUGUUAAAAGGAUAUAUGAACACCCUUUAUGGUUUGCACACAUUUUAUGUAUUCUUAUCAAUGUAUUUAGUGGGAGCCCCUGCAACACUAAAAUUCUUUCUUGUGACUGCUGUCACACAAAAGAUUUUCAGUAUCUCCCUGCUCAUUGUCUCCCAUUCACAGCAGAGCAGUCUGUUUUCUUAGCUGAGUUGUGGAAUGUCAGUCCCAAGACUUUAAGCCUCAGUUUUACUGGGUGCUAUCUUGUAACCCCAUUCCCUGCAGUCAGUGCCUUAGCAGUUUGUGUGCUGCCCUGCCAUUAUGAUAGGCCGUGGGGUGAUAGAUCCUCUUUUAAUGCAUUAGUCUUUUAGGAGUGGGUGACUGCGUGUAACUUUACUGUACGUGGAAUAACUGAAUGCAUGAAGGUGUGGUAUGCUUAAAGACAAAGUAUAUAAACUAGAAGAGGAAUAUAGGAAAUAAAAACAGGGCUUGCUAAUAUGGUUUAGAUGUUAUUAAAGCAUUAAAACUAGAAAAAAGAAAUAAUAACAUAUUUUAAUCUUAAGAUCUAUCUGUUUUGUGAUAUAUCUAAACAUGCUUUCCAAACUUUGUCUUAAAGGACUUAUAUUUUAAAUAAAAGUCAUAAGAUGUGGCACAAAGAUGAUA